AUGGCUAUCUCGGGAACCGGUGAUGGAGACGAAGAAGCUUGCUACGUAAUGACAAGAGUGGCUGGCGGUGGCACAAUCCCGAGCGGAUACUACCAGAAGGGCAACUGGAAUAGACAGGUCGACUCCAAUCUCACAGUCCGGAUCAUGAGGAGGGUGGUCAAGCUUUGUCCCGCGUUGACAGACGGGACAAGCAUUGAGCACCUGGAUAUCGUUUGA